CAUACCCCAACGAAUAUAUAUCUCGUCUUCGUACUGCUAGAAAUUUCAGAUCUGCUAUCUUUCGUUUCUCGUUUGGUUAAAUCGACUUGCGAUUGCGAUAGAUCUGUCGACGAUCUACGGUUUGAGUUUGAUUGUUCAACCAAUGGGAUCGAUACGAGUUGUUGAUUUAUGCCUUUGAUUUACCUUUGAUCGGCAGAGAUUCGAUUUUGGUCAACAUUGAUCUGUUGAUCAACGUCUCAGAUCUACAGUUUAUGCCAUUUCUAGUGCGAAUCAGAAGGUUCGUUGGCGAUUGGUGGUUUUCCAUGAUGCCUAUCAUGAUUCGGUUGGAUGAUUGUGAAUCUCUUGAUUUCGGAUUGUCCGAAUCCUUGAUUCUUGUUAUUCUGUUGACCAAGUUUGAUUUGUAUUGCGAAACUUGAAGUUAAGUUGAUCUAGUGAUUGGAGCUUGAAGUAUGGAGAUUGACAUCAAGGUUUGUAUGUAGAGGUAGUAAUCUGUCUUGUUUUGAUAAGGUGAUCAUGUAUGUUAUUAUUAAAUCCUGUUUUUCGGCCUUUGCCAUGAUGGGUGCGCUCGCAUGGCAGGCAACUAUCCUAAUAAAAAAUAAUUUUUGUUUUUGAGGGGAGGUCGCACGGGGGUUUGCCCGGGAUCUCUCCUCUGGUGUGCGUCUCUCUCUUUCUCUCUCUCUCUCUCUGGGUGUGUGUAUGUUUGUGUUUACCUCGAUACUGGUGCUCAGUUCCUCCCACUUCAAUUCGAAUUCAAUCUGCGCAACAACAACAACAAUUAUCCAGAACAUCAUUUAUAUAAUGUUGAUGAUUAUCACCAAAGGUACUUCCAAUUUAAUUGCUUUUCAUUUUUUUUAGAAAUCCUUAAUCGUUAAUUCCGUCUCUAUUGCAAAAAUCUUGCAUCAUGUUUUAAGCAUAUUAAUAAUUUGGAAUUUGGGUUUAUUUAUAUAUAUAUGCAUAAAUAGUUCAUCAAGCUUAAAAUAUGGUUUCACUUUAUGAUCAGGAUUUGGUUCAAAAGAUUUAAAUGACGAUUAUACUACAAAUCAUUUUACAAUUGAUUGAUUUGCGUUAUUUGGAGGCUAUUUGCUUGAAUCGACUUUAUACCCGACUGUUAAAAGACGAAUGUUUUAUUUUACCAGAGGUUUUAUUACCAUCAUCCCGCUGAAAUUGCAACUUUAUCGGGUCUAGGAAAAAACCAAGUUUUCCACAUUAAUCAAAACCAAGUUUUCCACAUUAAUCCAAUAGUCGCAGGGAACCAUUAGAUAUAAAAAAAGAUUAUGAGCGCCUACUGAGAUUUUAUCCUAAAAUAUCCAUCCAAUACAGGCAAAGACGCAAAGUAGUCUUAAAAGAGCUUUCGUACAAUCCUUGGGAUGUGGCCAAUGCAUUUUAAAUUGUUAAUAACCAAAAAGAAUGUCCACAAUUGUUAAAAUAUGAUAGUAUGCUUAGUGAAUUCAUAUUAUUAUUGGUUAUAAUUUUUAUUUAUUUAUUCAUAUUUUGAGUUGUAUAUGGCUUUCACUUGUGGAUUUGUUAUCUUUUUACAUUUUAAUGUAAUCAUAUACUAGACGCUGAACAUUUGUUUGUAGCAGUGCCAUCUGUGGGCUGAACUUGUGUCGUUUGUUGAAUUGAAUCAAUGUACGUUUUGUUCUACUAUCCCUCUUUUGUGAGGUUUUUGGUUAGAACACUAUGUAAAAAAUUCAGAUGAUCUAGUUGUGGAUGCUACUUGUGGAAGUUUGAAGACUGACUAAAGCUCUGUGGAUUUCUGAGUUAUGUGCUGUUGUUUUUGGAGCUCCUUCUAUUGAUGCUUUUAUUUGUAAGUGAUUGUGUGCCUAGUAAGAAUUUGUUUCCUGGUUCUCAUGGGUACCUCACAUGUCUGUUUUGCCUUUUCGUGGUCCAAAGGAAGCAAAGUGCCUUAAUGUAGAAGUGUAACAAAGUACAUAUAAAGACAUGGUUGGAGAUCAAAUGUGCUGAUAUCAGUUUGAUGCUUUUCCAGUGUUGAAAUUGUUAACCAAAUCGAUGCGAUUCAGCUGUUGCAAAGUUAUCAUUGAAAGUUUUAUUGAUACCUUUGCUUGCAAACAGACAAUUUCAGUUUAGUUACUAAAUUUAUUAAGCCCACGUUUGUAAGAGAAAAGCUAAUUUGCUCAUAUGAUUCAUGGAUGUUUGCAUUAAGUUUUAAACAGUCAAUUAGGUCUAAGUUCCUGAAACUAAUGGAGCAAGGUAAGAAUGAUUUCUAUUUGAGGUGCUACUGAUCAUUCAAUAAUUCUCUUUAAGCUUGC